AUGUCCGAAUUUUCCAGUCCGGAAAAAGCAUUCCCACGAUUGUUCGGUCCGUUCGCAGAAGUGGAGGCGAAGAUGGAGACCGCGUCGCCUCAUGAACGCAUCCCACCGCUCAUGGCCCCGGGGAAAUUCAUACCUGGGGAAAAUUUUGACGUUUGGGAACCGCAGUCAGUAAUGGACUUCGACCUCCCGGACGAUGUGGGCAGCCUGUUAGUGACCCUGAGGCGGAGACUGGCGGGACCAAAAACGGUAUUCGAAUAUCGGGAGGAGUUCUACAUGCGACAGCAACGACCCGAGGAAAGUCUGAUGGACUUUAUGGGGUCCGUGCAGCGCCUAGCUCGGUUGGCAUACCCCAUGUAUACAGUCCAGGAACGCAAUUCACACAUCCUGGAUCGGUUUCUGGCUGGGCUCCGGGAACCCAGAGCCAAAGAUGAACUGCAAUUACGGCCAACAAAAGACCUUGCCGCCGCAGAGUCAGUUGCCGAUAUCCUGGACCGGAAUGGGCACCAGGUAAGGCGACCUGAAGGAGUUUUUGCUGCAGGUUUCAGACAGGAAGGGAGAGUACCAACCAGAGAAAAUGGCGAAAGGAAAACCCCAAUGGCACCCACAUGCUACACCCGUCGUCAAACCGGGCGAUUUUGUGGGGAGCGAAGAGGACCGAGUAAGUUCAUACCAACAGUUGUUAAUGCCAAUGAUUUCACUGCUAUGAGUAUGGACGCAGGGUUACCCUUUGUUGAGGUGAAGAUGGAGGGCAAAACAGUUAAUUGCUAG